AUGGGACCCCUUCGAGGAGCCUACAUCAAAAAUGCAAACCCUGCCCUCACUGAGGAACAGUUGUCUGAACUCGACAUUAACUUUUCGACAUUUCGAAAACAAUUAACAUGUCCUGCAUGUUUCAAAACCACUACCUUUCAUAGACAUGGGUCUUCAAACAAAGAACCUUUCCCGCCUCAAUUUUUAUGCACCUCCUGUCACAAAGCUGUAAAAGUUUUUGAAAUGUACCCUAUAGUCCGUUCUGCUGCACAAAAUCAACAACCGUUAUCUCUAGCGACCUCCAACGUGGAGAUUAUGCCACCCGAAUUGGAAUCCACUACUACCAGCAACAACCAAUCUGACCUUAUCAAGCAGUUAUGCCAAACUGUCGAGCAGUUAACUGCAGAACUCUCUCAAGCACGUAGUAAGAUCCAAAACUUGACAUUGCCUAAGGAUGCUUCCGUAGCUCACGGAGUGCACUUGAUCAAGUCCUCUGCCUCGUAG